AUGAAAACCGCCUUCGUCCUCCUCGUCGCCAGCGCUUUCUUCGCCGUCUCCUUGGCCGCAAUGCAAUGCGAAGACGGCGAUGGCAAAAAGUACAAUAACGGCCAAAAGUGGGUGGUCAACAACAACUUUCUGAAGACCUGUAUUGUGCACGACAUGGGCUGGGAGACCAAAAUCAUCGCCUGCUUGAACCCUCAAACCAAACAACAGAUCCCGGUCGGUGGCAGCGUUACGAACGGUCGAUUCCGCAUCAGAUGCCAGCAGAAUGAAAGCGGCGGAGUCUCGAUCAAGUCCGAAGUGGUUGAUGCUUGA